GGCUUAAGGUUAGGGUUUUCAAACGCCAGAGAACAAAUUUUGGGGGCAAUGGAAGAGAAUAGUGAUGUAACAUGUGAUGAUCGAAUUUCGAAAUUGCCAGAGCCAAUUUUGCAUCACAUACUGUCUUUCCUACAUGCUAAAGAUGCUGCACGAAUGAGUACAUUGUCCAAGGUUUGGGAUAGUGCUUGGAAUUCACUCCCCUACUUAAAUUUUGGUGAUAAAUCAUUCUCCAAGUCAAAAGACAUACUACGUCUUCUGCGUGCUGUGGAUCAAGCUCUAGCGAAUCGGAAAAAGCACAAGAUUUCCAUUCAAAAGUUCUCUCUAUGGUUACCACAUCAUCAUGAGCUUUGUUAUGUCAGCAGCUGGAUUAAUAUGCUCAUAGCUUGUAAUGUCAAAGAGUUGAAUCUAGAAGUGAAUAUACCUAUUUAUAAAGGCAUCUACCUAUACAACAGGUUGCCAAAGGUAAUAUUUGCUGCCAAAGCACUAAAUGUGCUGACUUUGGAGGGAUUUAACAUUGAAUUUCCCACUGGUGAUGGUGUGAUAAAGUUAUCAUCUUUGCGAGAGUUGAACCUCUUAUAUGUAUUUUUGGAUGAGCAAUCUAUGCAGGCUCUGUGUACAAGCUGCCACAAUUUGGAGCAUCUAUCUUUGUGGUCUAUUUGUGGACUUGCCAGUUUUCAAGUUGGCGAAAAUUCUUUACCUAAACUAAAAAAGGUUAACUUGGAAUAUUGCUCUUCUAAAUUCCAACUGGUUGAUAUUGCAGCAAUUAAUCUCGAAGACCUUAAGAUCUACAGCCUUGAUCGGAGUCCAAAGGUUGUUAAAAUAACUGCUUGCAAAGCCCUCAAGACUUUGCACCUCAAGGGUGUUAACGUGACCGAAAAUUGGUUAGAGGACCUAUUUAACAGACUGCAAAAUCUUGAGAGUUUCAACUUAACUCGUUGCAAGGACUUGAAGAAUAUGAAGAUCACGAGUGGCAGUCUCAAAUGGCUGACAGCCUUACGUUGUGGUGAUCUGAUUGCUGCUGACUUAGACACUCCUAAUUUAUUGAAGUUACAAUGUAGUUUUUAUCCAUUGUCAACUUUCAAAUUGAAAGCUUCAGUGUUACUGGAAGCCACUUUACAAUUAUACCCAAAAUUUGGUACCUGUGGUUGGCACUCUAAGCUCAUGGAAUUUCUUGCUAACUUCAAUCAUUCCAAGGCCAUUAAGUUUUCUUGUUUCUACGACAAGGAAAUAGUUAUACCGAAAGACCUGAGAGAAAACUUGCUUCCGCCCCUUUAUGGUACUAAUAUUUUGCACGUAACCUUUCAGAGGCAAUCAAAUUAUUCAGUUGUUGACAUUAUUGAUAGUAUGCUUUGGAUUUCUCCCCACCUGGACACCCUAUCUUUUACCCAAGCUCACAGCUUAAAGACCGUAAAGUUUAUCUAUGAAGAUGACAAGUCUUGUUGGAGGAAUAAGUUAAAGAAAGUCAAAUUGCAUAACUUUACAUGUAUGGAGAAAGAAAAGUUGAGAAACUACUCUUUAACAAAUGCAUACAUCUUGGAUGAAGAUGAGAAGCCUUGUUGUGCAUCUCUACCAUGGAAAUGUUGGAGGCAUACGUUGAAGAAAGUCGAACUGCAAAACUUUACACUUAUGGAGCAAGAGAAGAUGAGAAACUACUUUGUAGCAAAUGCAGACCUUUCGGAGAUGAUUGAGAUCAGCCUUGACUAG